AUAAAAUGCCUCGUUAUGACGAUCGAUACGGUGGUACGCGACUCUACGUUGGACGCCUUUCUUCACGGACUAGGUCGCGUGAUCUGGAUGACCUGUUCAGUCGUUAUGGAAGGUUUCUUGGCUUAUGCCAAACCUGGAGGUCUAUGGUGAGAGGGUUCCCUUGGUGGAUUUGGCGAGUCUUUCUAUUAUGUUAUUGCCUGUUUUUAUGGAAAUGCCAAGAAUCUCAGAAUGGUGUUUAGUUCAUCUAUGAGGGGCGAGGUGUCAACCCUUUGAUACUUGUAUCAAAUGAUGGCCUUACCUGUUUCUGGAAACCAUUUGCGCAGAGUACGUGAUGUGGAUAUGAAGCGAGACUAUGCAUUUGUUGAGUUUAGUGACCCACGAGAUGCCGACGAUGCAAGAUAUAGUUUAAAUGGGAGGGAUGUUCAUGGAAGUCGAAUCAUUGUGGAAAUAGCUAAAGGGGUACCCCGUGGUCCUGGUGGAUCUCGUGAAUCUCGUGAAUAUCUUGGACGAGGCCCUCCCGGAACUGGGCGUUGUUUUAACUGUGGGAUUGAUGGCCACUGGGCAAGAGAUUGCAAGGCUGGGGACUGGAAGAAUAAGUGUUAUCGAUGUGGGGAACGGGGUCACAUAGAGAAGAAUUGCCAGAACAGUCCUAAGAAGUUGAAGCGUGGAAGUUACUCACGUUCACCAAGCCCUCGCCGUGGUAGAAGUCGAAGUCGUAGUUACAGCAGAGGUCGUAGUUACAGUCGAUCUAGAUCACCUGUAAAAAGGGAUCGAAGUCUUGAACGGUCAGAAAAAAGAUCGAGGAGCCCAAGAGGAGGCAGGCUAAGCCCUAAGAGACACAGUUUGUCACCCCCUCCUUCAAAAGCUAUGAAGCGUAGCCCCACUCCUGAUGUGAGGAGUCCAGAAGAAGCAAGACGUAGCCCGUCUCCUGGGAACCGAGACAGUCCUAGAGGAAGAAGCAGAAGCAGAAGCAGAAGCCCAAGGGGAAGGAGCAGAAGCCGAAGCCGAAGCCCAAGAGGAAGGAGCAGAAGCCCAAUGGAUGAAGCUGAGGACUUCAACGGAGGUGGAAGCAGGAAUUACAGGAAGGAAGAGAACGGGUACAGUCGCAGCCCCAGUCCGUUGCCCAGAGAAGAAAGGAGUCCUGUAAACGAUGAAGAUGCCAAUGGUUCUCCGAGGGGCGGUAGCGAGUCUGCAUAAUAGAGAGACAGUUUCUUAAUUAUGCUUCUGCGUUGGAAUAUUUUAUAAGCGACUAGUGCCUCACAGGGACUUCUAAAAUAGAACUUGUAUUGUGUUUUGAAUCCCGCCUCCAAAUGUUCAUCAGCACAGUAUUUUGCCUAUUUAUUUUCCAGCUUUUAAUUUUGAUAAAUUAUAUGUAAUAAUCUAUUUCGUAUAACCUUUGCCUAUUUCCUUCACCUUCCUA